AUGGUACAGUGGAAGGUCGAGGUACAGAAGAAAAUCGGACGACAAAGCGGACUGGAGAUCGCGAGGCUUGGCGCACGCAUUCCUCCAUACGUAACUGACUCCGGCGCCCAUCUUGUCUCCAACUACUCGAAUCCUUUUGCUCAUACCCUUCCUGUUUUCUUGCUUUUUGUGUUGUGCCAAUUUGACCAAUUCCGGGCCACCUCCUCUUGUCCACGAAGAUACUCUCGAGAUCUCACCAAGAUGGACUACUCUGCAAUCUCAACCGAUCCGGAUCAUCCCACUGGUACCUCACCCUGGGGCUCACCUCGUCCUGACGGAGAGACCUUCCCCACUUCCAACAAUGACAUCCCGUCCUCCCCUUUACCAGGCCAGGCGCAAUCGACGGAGGAUAUUUCCAAGGCCCGCAAUGGGGGUCCUCAUACUCCAGAUAUCUCUGCACAGCUGCAGGGCGCACAAUUAGGAGACUCGGACUAUCCCGGCGAACAUCCCCCGUACGGUGCGCACCAGUCUCCAAACGCUCAACAACAGCAGUCUUCCGCCCCCGCGCAAUAUCAGACCGGAGUCCGACAGAACUCGCGACCCCCCGCCCCCGCCUAUAAAAUUCAAGGUAAAAUCACAGGGCUGGAGAGGACUGGCAAAAAGGACCCAAUUCUGCGUUUCGAGGUCCACACCAAUAUCCCCAAGUUCCGCACAACCCAGUACCGUGAUGUGCGCCGCACUCAUUCCGAAUUUAUCAAGCUCGCAGAUCACCUCGUUUCCGCCAACCCGGAAGCUCUGGUCCCUGCUGUGCCGUCGCCAGUCACACCAGCCGGAGCAGGAACCGAAGAGGAUGAGUUCCGGAUUAAGUCGGCAAUGCAAAGAUGGCUCAAUGUUGUGCUCGGUAAUGAUGUUCUCAUUCAUGAUGACGAAAUUGUUCUCUUCGUGGAAAGCGACUUCGGCUAUAGCCCCGUGCUACGGAUGAAGCAGCCGGCAACGGGUGUGCGACGAAAGAUGCUGAAGCAGUUCGCGCCCCCGCCAGAUGAUACACCCGAGCUGCAAGCAGCUCGUCCCGUUGCGAAGUUGUUCUACUUGGGAUCAAUGGAUACGAGUCACAAGGUCGACCGAGUUGUGAAGGCCCGUCGUGGUCUUGGGUUGGCUGAAGCCGAUUUCGGCGUGAAGCUUGGUCAAAUGCAUGUGCAGGAGACUCAUCCGGGCCUAAGUGCCGCUUAUCGUAAACUUGGCAAAGUUAUUCAAAAUGUCGGCGACUACCAUGCUGUUCAGGCUACUGCGGAGGCCACCACACUCAGCGAACCUUUGAGCUACCAUUCCUCUGAUGCCUUCAUUGUGAAGGAGACCCUGACGAACCGACACAUUCUGCUUCGUGAACUAAUCCAGGCCCAACAAAAUACCCGAAGUAAACACAGUGCAGCUGAGCGCUUGAAGGUUAGCUCAUCUGUUCGUCGAGAUAAGGUAGAUGAGGCAAUCAACGCUCUUGAGGAAGCUCAGAACCACGAAGACUACUUGACCAAGCGGACCCAGCGCGUCACAUCGAACCUUCUCCAAGAGAAGCGCUGCUGGUUUGAUCGCACCACCCAGGAUGUUCUGUUCAGCCUGCGUGAGUACACUCUCCGCCAGAUCGAGGCGGAGCGUCGCACUCUAGCCACCCUAGAGAGUGUGCGACCCGAUAUCCGUGCCAUUGACGCUUCCGGUGGUCUGAGCCGGCUGGGUCGCGAAUCUCACCCAGCCACGCGCCGGCCCAACAUGACUUCGAGCCAGGGUCCAAAGGGUGAUUCAUGGAGCGGAGUUCCUCGCCGCAGUGAUAAUAUUGGACGCAGCAUGAGUGGCAGCUUCACCGCCCCCUCCCUCCCUGAUGAUGACGAUGAGGCUAGUGCUCAGGUGCCUGGCAAAGGACGCAACCGAGCUUCCAGUCAGGUUGAGUCAAUCGCUGAGGAGGAUGAUGACCGUCUUGAUGCGCGCAAUGCAGCCAAUCGGCUGGCCACCAGCACAUUCUGA